AAACAGGUGGUGAGUUGGAAGCCGCCACCCCUCCCACACCUUUUAGGCUUGAAGCGGCCUUUCAAUUCACAAUCCCUCUCUCUUUUCUUAACAAACAACUCAAACACGUCUUCAUUGCAACGUCUUUUGCCUAAGCCUUACGCCUUUGCAACAAAGUACCAGACUUGCAAACUGACACUUUUUGCAUUCCUGAUUAUCGCGUGUCCCCAUUCCAGAAAAGACCCCGCAGAAAGGGAAUUGGGAUAAAAGCAAAAGCAUCAGACCAUAAAAGAGACGGCGUGCACAUCAAGAACGGUCUACUUUCAAAGCUCAAAAAAAGGGUACAUAUAAUUACCUCAUCCAACACACGGUCAGGGAAAACAACGCCAUGUCGUCACAUCCCUCCCCCGGCCUCGGCCAGCAGCCGUUGAAGUCGGCGCUCAAGACGGAUGACGAGGCGGCGGAACGGUCGCCCGCCGUCAAAGCCGUGCAAAUUGCCGAGCCAGAAAUGACAAAGAUAGAACCGGCGCAGCAGGCGCCAGGGUCACCCGAGGAUGGGUUUAGGAAGCAGUUCACGGCCGGUCUGGCUAAGAGACUGAGCGGUCGUCUUCCCGCGGGCUCGUCGCGCUCUUCUCUCAUGAGCAACGCCAGCGGGGAUGCGCCCAACAGCACCGCUAGCUCCACCGACUCGACCCAACAGAUCGCAGAAGAGAAGCACCAUCGGCACCAUCACCAUUUUCACCUGCGCCACAGGAGUAACUCGAUAGAGCACCAGCAACAGCAGCAGCAGCAGCAACAGCAGCAGCAGGGUGGGCACGUGGAUAGCAGGCUCGUGAUGCAGGUCCUGCAGUGGAUUGGGCGUGAGAAGGAGAAGAAGGAAUCUAGAAGGAAAAGGCGAAUGACUAGGCACCGCAAGUCCAAGUCGCCUCCAAGCACCGAUGACGCCUCGGGCAUGCAGGCAUCUCCAUCACGGCCGAGGGCCGACUCGAUCGAUUCGGACGGAAGUGAUGUGUCUCUGGAUCAACUGCAAAAGAUUGUAGAUGAGGGCCUUGCCGCUAUGGGGAUAGACCCUGCCACUGCUGCAUCCGCUACUAACCCGCCCCGAGUGAACCCCCGCCGCCGAUUGAGCAAGCACAAGAGCCGCUCUUCGCUGCAGCUCUAUCGCGCAGUAUCAUCGGACACGGACUAUGUCGACGGCGACGUCUUGGUGCCCAGCUGCGACGCGGUGCUGGACAACUCCAAAACGCUUAGCUUUUCGGGCGGCAAGGCCGCGUCGACAGAGGACCUGGCGGCCGCCCAGAGCCGUCGCGAGGAGAAGGAGCGCCAGGCCUGGUCGACGUUCAAGGGCGAGAUUUUGCGACUGGCGCACACGCUCAAGCUCAAGGGCUGGCGUCGCGUGCCGUUGGAGUGCGGCGACGGCCUUGCGGUAGAGCGGCUGAGCGGCGCGCUCACCAACGCCGUCUACGUCGUGUCCCCGCCGACCGAGAUUGUCAGCAACAUGAGCAUUGACGACGUGAGCAAAAAGCCUAAGAAGCCGCCACCAAAGCUGCUGCUCCGCAUCUACGGCCCGCAGGUGGAGCAGCUCAUCGACCGUGAAAAGGAACUCGGAGUUCUCAAGCGGCUGGCGCGCAAGAAGAUCGGCCCGCGCAUGCUGGGCACCUUCACCAACGGCCGGUUCGAGCAGUACCUCAACGCGACAACGCUGACGGCUGCCAACCUGCGCGAGCCCGAGACGUCCAAAAUGAUCGCCAAGCGCAUGAAGGAGCUUCACGUCGGCGUAGAGCUGCUCGAGAGCGAGCUCGCCGCCGGACCCAACGUAUGGGUGAACUGGGAUAGCUGGCUGGACGCUGUGGAGCGUACGGUGCUUGCGCUCGACAAGAAGGUGCUCGAGAGCCCGGCUGAUGCGAAGGACUGGAGAAAGGGCGGGUUCGUCUGCGGUGUCGAGUGGCACGUAUUCAAGGGGCUUGUGGAGAGGUACCGGGUCCACCUGACGGAGCACCAUGGAGGUCAGAAGAAGAUUCGGGAGAAGCUGGUGUUUGCACACAACGAUACACAAUACGGCAACAUUCUCCGCAUCCGUCCCGACGACGAAAAGUCACCACUGCUGCAGCCAGCCAACGAGCACAAGCAGCUGGUGGUGAUCGACUUUGAGUAUGCAGCAGCAAACACGCCGGGCCUCGAGUUCGCGAACCAUUUUACCGAAUGGACAUACAACUACCACGACGCCGUGGCACCGCACGCAUGCAAUGCCUCGCGCUAUCCAACGCCCGAACAGCAACGGCGAUUUGUGCGAGCCUACGUCGACCACAGCCACCCCCGCCGGCCUUCAUCGUCAUCGUCAUCGUCAUCGUUGGCUCAGACGCCUACGAUGAACGCCACGACCAGCACCUCGUCCAUCGUCGACUUCAUGCUGGAUGCGCGCGUGCCACCUGGCGGUUGGAAGGAGGAGGAGACGCGGCGCGACGCCGAGUCGGACAUCAAGAUCCGCGCCCUGCUCGAGGAGACGAGGCUCUGGAGGCCCGCCAACAGCGCCCAGUGGGUCGCCUGGGGCGUCGUGCAAGCCAAGCUGCCGGCCGGCGUGGCGCGCGAGGUCGAGGCGGCCAAGAAGGUCGACGAGGCCAAAAAGGCCGAGGAAGCAAAGCUGAAUAAUGAUAAUAUCGACGAGCAGGAAAGACCAAAGACGGAAAAGGAGCAGGAGGCCGAGGCGGUCGCCGAGGCGGCGGCCAUCAACGAGGAGGAGGCUGUCGCUGACGAAUUCGACUACCUAGGCUACGCGCGGGAGCGGGCCAUGUUCUUCCUGGGCGACUGCGUGCUGAUGGGGUUGAUCAAGUUGGAGGACCUGCCCGAGGCGACUCGUGACAAGGUCAAGUUUGUGGAUUACUAAAGGGGCGGAGGGCUUGGUAAACUUUUGGGGGUUUAACUUUUAUUCUUGCAACUGUCUAGGAAAUGUUUCAACUACACUCUAUAAUAGGCAUUAGCGAUGGGUUUUAUAUGUUUCCCACAAGACGAAUUCAACUUGAUCUUGGCCA